AUGUCUUCUCUGUGCAUAGCAUGUUUCGGCCCUCUCGGGAUGGAGAGCAGAAAAAUAACUGAUGGCCAGAUCAAAGCUUCAACCGAAUUCAACUCUGCACACGGCGCCACCAAUGGCAGACUCAAUUUCAAGGCUGGAGGGGGGAAGACUGGCGCAUGGUCCGCCCGCACCAAUGACGUUAAUCAGUGGCUACAAGUGGAUCUUGCAGCUAAAACCGAGGUGACAGGAAUACAGAUCCAGGGACGACAAGACGCGGAUCAAUGGGUUACGAGCUUUACUAUCUCCUACAGCAGCGACGGAACCACCUAUACAUUUUAUCACAAGAGGAGGGUAUGGAAAAAAUGAAAAUCGUUGCAAAACAAAGUCAGGCAAUUAACUAAUUCAAUCUCGACUCGGUAACAUGAAAUUCUCUCAAAACCUCAGGCCCACAAGUACCUAACUAGUUUAACCUUAACACUUCAUUUAGCUGAUCCAGGUCUUCAAUGGAAACACGGACCGCAACACCGUGGUUUUAAACGUUUUGCACCCUUCCAUAGAUGCACGCUACAUUCGGGUGCAUCCUAAGACGUGGCAUGGCCAUAUUUCUAUGAGGAUGGAACUAUUGGGAUGUCCGUCAGGUACUGACAAUCUUUUUCGUUUUCUUCUUAAUUAACAAACAACUUCCCACUUACUUUUACCACAGUGGUAGACAAUUUACUCGCAUAGUCUUUCAACGGCAAUUCACUCCUCUUAUUAUUACAUAGUCACAGGCCCAAACAAUUUCUUCUACAAUUAUGUAAUCAAUUUUAUAGAAUGACGCCUUGUGGCUUUAAACUAACGAUCAUGCAUAGGAAAUACGUAGGCAGCGAAAAUCAAAAAGGAUCUAUUUUUAAACAAAUGCAAUUUUACAAACAACGCUUUAUCAACAAUAAGUUGUCUAAACGACAUUGUUACAAGCGGUGUCUUUAGCUUAAAUUUCCCAAAAUCGAGUUGCAAAAAAAAUACGAAACAAAGAUAUGCAAGUACGCAGGGAUAAUUACCGUCCAAAAUCACCAUUCUUUGUAACGUGGUAAGACAGUUCCCGCUGAGCCAGAAAAGGUCUACCACUUUCGACAGUAACAUUCUGUGAUAUCGUAUCCUUAACACUCUCAUCCUCUAGAAAAAUUUCAUUUUAAACUAGCACUUUAGUCCCUUAAAAUCAUUUGUUCUCUGUGCAAAGCAUGUUCCGGCCCUCUCGGGAUGGAGAGCGGAAAAAUAGCCGAUGGCCAGAUCACAGCUUCAACCAACUACAACGCUGCAUACGGCGCCUCCAAUGGCAGACUCAAUUUCAAGGCUGGAGGAGGUAAGACUGGCGCAUGGUCAGCCCGUACCAAUGACGUUCAUCAGUGGCUACAAGUAGAUCUUAGAGCCAAAACCGAAGUGACAGCAAUAAAGAUCCAGGGACGACAAGACUACGAUCAAUGGGUUAAGACCUUCACUAUCACCUACAGCAACGACGGCACCAACUUUAAACCU